GUGGUCAUUACCUACCACAAACCCGGCACGCGGCCGCCGCUGUACGUCGCCGGCACGUUCUCUGACCCGCCAUGGCAACCCUACGAGAUGGACCAUAGCGCCCGGGAGGACGGCGAAUACGACUUCAAGAAGGAAGUUUACGGCGAGCCCGGCUCCAAGAUCGAGUACAAGUUUCGUCUCGGCGAGGGAGACUGGUGGGUGCUGAAAGACGACGCUCCCACGGUAACGGAUCGCUCGGGCAACACGAACCAUGUGCUGGAGAUGAAGCCGCAGAAAGAGCAAGUAUAAAUGACGGCGGAUGAUCCGGACCAAAGUGCGGCGAGAAUGCUGACCUUGCACCGUCCCAGGCCAUCCGACUCGCAAUCAGAAGGCCUUCGGCCCACCGAGGAUCGACCAGGUGCCGACGAGGGCGGCCCCCGAGAGUAUGCCCAAGUCGCUGCCAAGCGUCCCCAGCCUCCUGCCGAAGCAGCGGCGGCCGAACGCUCCGGCACCGGGACUCCAAUCUCCGCCAGAGUCGCGGCAGAAGUAGCUGACUCGGCCGAGCUUCUCCAUGAGGAAGUGGCGGAGCGAGAGCGGCCGGAGGACGCUGCGGGCAGCGAGGGACCUAGGCAGGAUACCGCAGAGGACAAUGUCAAGGCGUCCGAAAGGCGGCAGAGCACCAUCGUCAUACUGGAACCGCCCCCGGGCGAGGGCCGCCCCUUUGACGUACAGCCGCGUGAUCAAGAAUUCCUAGAUGAUCAGGAAGAAUUCAUUGCGGACAAGUCGCCCCUGUUUGCCCACGAAUGUGUCGGGCUCUACGAGCCGGAGGAAGCAGCGGGUGAGGCGGACGUCGCAGUCGAGGAGAGCGCUCGCCACGUUCUGUCCGUCAAAGAUCUCAAUCCGGACGACUUCGAUUUGAACGACCCAACCCUAGAGCGCUUUCCUUCGAACCGACAAGACAUCAUGAAUGCCGUUCGAAAGCUCGAGACGGGCCUGGCGGAGGACGACGCUUCCUUCGGAGGUGUCCGCCUUUCUCCAGUGUUCCAUCCCUCGCGGCGGGGGACGGAAGACAUAACGGGAGACUUUGCUUUUUGUGCACCACAGGCAUCAUCAUCCCCAACAUCCCGUGCGCCUAAACAGCCGUCUCGCGGUUCGAUAAGCUCGAUCCCUGCAACCGCCUCACUGGACUCCAUCUCGGAGGCUGACGAGUCGGCCGCGGAAGAGGAACCGCCACGCCCGGCAGUUGUGUUCUCAAACCCCUUGAAGUCCAAGCCCAAGCACCUAAAACUCCCGACUAGCGACGAGGAUGAAGCCGUUGCCUUGCCAGAAGGCGUGAGCCCUAGGACUGUCGUGCCCGCGCACCGCCCAAUCGCGACGCCACAAGCGUCGCCGUCGCACUCGCCUCCGUCGCCCAAAACGGCUCAAAAGAGCGGCCCUCCUGAUGACCAAUCCAGUAGCCUGGCCCCCGCAGAGGUCGAGCUGGACAAGGACAAAUCGCGUUCCAUGGAAGAGGUCAUUCUGCACCCGGCACCGAGGCCUGGGGAACCAGACCCGGCGCAGACAUACCCUGCCGAAACAGCUGCCAAGGACAAAGGGCAGGCCAGACGCCGCAGCUACGCCGAGGUGGCCGCAUCGCCCGCCCCGGCCAGCGGUACCGGGGCGGGCGCCGCCACCACCGCCCGAGAAGCAGACAGCGACAAACCUAGCCAGCCCGGGGAGACUGGCCAGGUCCGAAAGCGAGCCGGCACUCCUGGGCAGCAACAACGGGAGGAAGCACCGGAGGCGGCGCCGGCGGCGGCGCCAGCCCGGACGCCUCCGUCCCACAAUGUGCCUGCCGUGCAUCCCAAGCAGGGCCGCGGCUUGGUCGGGACCAUCCUCUGGUACGUUUUUGUGGAAUUGGUAGGCGGCAUUUUCAGGAAGGCGUUUGGCUGGGUCUUUGCCUGGGGCCGUCGCCGGAGGGGCGACCGGUGAGCGCUAGCUCCUCUCGCCUCGUGAUGCGGGGCGAGACAGGGCAGAGUUUCUGGUGAAUUUGGAUGCGGGAUGGUGUCUGCCGCCCCCGCGGGGGUCUGCGGGUUUCUGUGGGGGUCGGAGGGGUCGGAGCUGGGGUGGUAGGGAGGGUGAGGGGUAAUGAUGGGUUGAAGGUGAGGGAGCAGUGCAAGCAGUGAUGCUUUGACAAUGUUUCCCAUGCGGUGCAGCAGAUUGCUUGGGACUGGAACGGACGGUGCUCGUUUGUUUGGAUGUUGUUACCCGGCUUGCUGAGCGGUGAAUACGGACACGUUCAGAAGGGAUGGUGAGACUGCGGACGUCGUGUUGUGUAUAUUUGAUACUGGUCAGCGUUCAUUCCUGAAUCAUUGGCCA